CAUAAACACACACCGAUCGGUCAUUUGUAAUCCGUGGCCGUCCGGACCAGUUUCGUUUCGUUCCGUUCCGUGAUCGCUCCGGUCGAUUUCUCGUCGCCCGUGAAACCCGAGAAAAUCCCGCCGAGUCGCCUACCACGAGACUCCGAGAGUCGUCGCCGCCACUCUCCGCGCGUCGUGGUGCAAUUUUUUCGUCGAAGCGUCCGUGGAAAGCGGCCGGCCGCUGGCGCGCGUCUGCGCCUGCGUACGCGCUCGCAUUCAUCGUCAGCCCAUCUCGCCGUACGCCGUACAAUACAACUACGGUCGGUCAGCGGUUGUAUGGCGUCCUGCGUAGUACGUACGUGCGCUUGAACUCUCGACCGGAGCCGUUCGUCCCGCUCUCUCGUGCACGAGAUACCCGGCGCCCGCAUUCGUUACGGCGAGAUCCACGUCGCGAAUAGUCGGCCGCGACGAGAGUAAGAAAGGGCGACUAUUAAUAUUUGUGAGCGGUGGAGGAGAGCUUGCGGCAGAAGAGAGAGAGAGAGAGAGAGAGAGAGCGUGCGUAUGCGUGCAUGAUUGCUGUGUGUAUGGUGAGAGAGAGCGCGAGAGGAGAGCGAUAGUAAGGAGCAAGAUUAAACUUGCCGUACGUUAAGUGGGGGCUCUCACGCGGGCUUGUUGCGUUCGCACGCAAGUAAGAUCGCAAUAAGACGAAAUAAAAAAAAAAAGGGCGGGGAGUUAACCGGGUGCGACUAAUAGGGCACGCCGCUAAUCGCUGUCGUGGCCAUGGGUAAGACGCCAAAGAAGGCGGCCCCUGGGGGCGAUGAGAGGAAUUUGUACGUUCGGAGGCUCAAGGCAACGACCGUGCCGUCGAGAGCUUCUGAAUCUAGCUUGCCCGAGAGACAGCGCGAGUCCGAGGCGUCGAACAGGCCAAAACUGGUUGGAAUACAGAAGAGAAUAAUACCGCCUGGACCAGGAAAACAUUUUAAGAGCAAACUUCGCCCUCCAACAAAAAUUGAACAACAUCAAACAGCAAAGCAAUUUAAAGUACUAAUGAAAAAUCCAGAAACAAAAAGUACAGACAUGCAGCCAGGAUCGGACGAAGCUGAAGUCAAAUUGAAUGUUUCAAUUCAAAAAGAAAAUGUUACGGAAGAGAACAACAAAACUGUUGAAGCUGUUGAGAAUAAGGAAGGAUAUAUUGAACAUACCUUCGAACUGGUGUCAAGCGGACAACUUCAAACAUCUGCGAAACCUAUCCAGGAGGUAAUAUUUGUGGAGAACGUUACUGUUUCCCAAGAAAAAGAAGGAGUCGUAGGAAGUGUUAAUGCUGAAACCAAAGAAGUGGAAGAUCAAGAAGGUGACAUCAAAAUAAUAUUUGAAUCUGAACAAAUUUCCAUAAAUAAUGGAGAAGAAAAAUUGGACGAUAAACAUCCGAAGGACAAGGGUAAAGGAGAAGAAUUACCUCCGGUACCAGAGGAAAUGAAGAACGGUAACGGUAUAAAUGAAAACGAAGAGAUGCAGAGCGAAAUUUCUGUCGACAACCAAAGCUGCUCGGUCGACAUCGUUGAAUCCACAACAUCGGAAAUAUCCGAAUUGUCGGAAUCCGUUAGUCAGAAUGACACACAGAAGGACAAGGAAAGAAUUGACGAUACCAUGAACGAUGCUUCAUUCGUUUCUUACGAUUCAACUAUAAUGCUGAAAGAUGUACAGAUCAGACUCAACGAUUGUCUGAAAGACAAUUCGAAGCUUUAUGACGUAAGUAACACGGACGAUAUGCCGAAUCAACUGUUAAAGGACUUUUCGUUUGGAAAGACGCUGAGAAACAUCUCGGGAAGACAUUCCAUCGGUCGAAUGCGUCACGUUACUUUCCGUGAGAAAAGGAUAUCGCCGAAUAGUUCUCUCUUUGUGAAUACAUCAGCUAUGUCUAUGCCACAGGAUGAGGGAACGGAAUCUAAACAUUUACAUUAUGGCAGCGGUUUAUUGUCCGACAGUUUCUCUACGAACGGUAGCCCAUUAGACAGAAAACGUAGAAUUGAAACGGAGAAUUGGGGCUCGGCGAAAAAACAGAAAUCGGACGAAGAGAGCAGUAGUAUAUUGAAUACGUCUAUAAAUCUAUUGAAAAGUCUGCGCAUACCUAUGCAGGUAUCCUCCACGCCGAAAGCCACACCUUGUAAGUUUGAAACCAAGUUAGACAUUAGCGGAGUAAAAGAUGAUGACAAUAAAAUGACGGCUGAACCAACUGCAGAGAGUACAAAGAAAUGGUGUGUCAUCAUGUAAACUGUCGUGACAGUCAAAGUAUCAUUAUACGAAAAAAAAAACAUUUUUAUAUUUUCGGAAAAAGUACCAAAAACUAUACAAUCAGAAGUAUUGCUUUUUAGCUUUUACUGGUAGAUAAUUUCUCUUCUAAUCGAUUGAAAAUAAUUGCAUCAUUAUUUUGUUAUUGUUCUUACAAUUUUCUCUACCAUAUAUAUUUGUUCUAUAACUUUCGGAAAUUUAUUUGCGAUAUUAGGAUAUACAAUGUAUAUUUUCAAUAAUUAAAUUAGACGAAUUCCAUGCGCUGUUUCCACCGUGUAGAUUGCUGAAACUAUUGUAGUGUGUAAUUUUUCGAUGUCAAUUUUGGGAUAAGGUUAUCUAGAAAGGAACAAAUAAAUUAGAUAAGAAAAGUACAAUUUUAUUAACUUUUGACACGACUAUUUUACAAAUAAAGACUUGAUUCUAUGAAAUGUACCAACAUUUAAUACGGUAUAAUAUAAAAUGAUUAAGCCCGCAUGUACAGAAAUAUUAUAUGUGUUUAAUUUCAGUACAUGUCUCCCAAUUUACGACCUAUGACAUAUAUGAUUAUGAUUUGUUAUUAUCUUUAAUGUCGUUCUUUAGAGAGAUCAUUAAACAGGUUUUAUUUCCAUUACAAAUAUAAAUAAAAAUGAUUCUGCAACGCAACGUUAUAUUAAUCUAAUGUUUAUUUGGGACUAAUGAUACUUGAUUAUUGCUUUAUGCAUAUGUUAUCACAUAGCUAUUAUCGUUAGAAAAUUCAUAUUUCACAUAUUCACGACAUUUAUUCAUGCAAUGUAAUAUUCAUAUUAUGUAAUAGAAAUACAUAUCCCUCCUUAAGUAUUUAGUUCUUAAUGAAAUAUUUAUAUUUUUAAUUUGUAAUUCGUUGAAUUUUGAUAAGAGUGAGAGAGAGAGAUUAAAAAUGCGUUGUAUUUCACGGAACUCUCUAGAGUUAUCACGAACAAAUUUUUGAAAGAAAUAAUAAGAAAUUAAUUAUAUAGGUAUAUCUUUUUCCUAGUUAUAGCAAGUUGUUACUACCAGAUAAGUUGCAGUGUUACUAUUGCAUUUAUAAUAUCAACAACUUUUUAAGGUCUACUUCGCCGUAAUGAAAUAUUGUUGACUACUAUAAACGAUCCAUAUACUUAUUAUCAAAAAGAUUCAAUAAUUACAUAUUAUAUAAUAUUAGGUAUAUAAUUUUUUAACUGAUACAGAUUUAUUCUAUAUAUUUUUAAAGAGGACGUAGUAAUUAUUCAUGCAACUUAUUCGGUGUAAGAAUACUCAUUUUUAUCGAAAAAUAUUAACAUCUGUUGCAACUGUAGAGUUCGAAUGUAAUCUGUAGAUACAGAAUUACAUAUUAUUAUGCAGUGUAUCUUAAAAGCGAAACGAGAAAUGACGAAGAGAAAACAUAUAUCUUUGGAAAAAUCUCAUUUUGUAUGCGACUUUAUUUGUUAAAAUUCUUGUAUUCAAGACUUCUCAUCUGUGGAUUUAAGUAAUUCUUAUGUCAUCCAUUGAAAAUGACGUUACGUUGCCUUUAUAUUAAAUCUUUGUUGGGAUAUAUACAUAACAUAUAUCGAGCUAGAGAUAUCACUUCGACCUUCCAUCAUAUAAUAAAUGAGGAUUAGAGACGAUAAAAUAAUUCGACCAAAGUCAGAUUUCCAGUGUCAGUCGAUUUAUUCGUUUAGAUCUGUUGAGGAUCAUUAUUAAUUUCGAAAACAUAUUUUAUGUAAUGUGAAAAAAAGUGAUUUAUAUAUACUGUAAUGCUGGCCGAUUUUUUUAUCAAUAUAUAAAAAUGUAAUUUAGAUCAAUAAUUAAUUCAGGACUAAACGAAUAAUCGUUAGGACAUACUUUUAUACUUGUUCGAUUAGUAAAAGCGUUAGAAGCAUACCCAAGAUGUACAUAGGAACCCCUAUGAGAUUUAUAAUAAACUCUCGAAACUACAAA